AGAGUUGCGCUCUUGCUUUGAGCUCGGCAGCUGCGAGUGAACCGUUGGAGAGUCAGCAUCGUGAGAGCGCGUUCCUAUUUUGCAGGGCUUCCCCCGUACUCAGGAAAACGCUAACCCUGCGGGCAGACAAUACAGGCGUUCCCAGUCAGCUGUGUUUCCAUAACAAAGCAAAGGACAACACGACGCGAACGCUGAGAGGCGCAUUGCCUGACACAGCGGUGCACUGGAUACUAGUGAUCAGCAGCGUGCUACAGCAUCCUCGCGACUUGUCGCCAUGCCCCAGCAACAGCAGCACAGCCCGGAGGUGGUGGUGCGUUACGGACUGGGUUCGUUCGUGCCCGCUAAUGACCUGCGGCCGCAGCCGGGCGAUCUCAUCGAGAUCGACCGCACACUUUACGCUCACUGGGCGCUCUACGUCGGCAACGGCGAUGUCGUGCACGUGGUGGGCCGCAACGAAGAGGACAUCCCCACGGACUUUGCGUACGUGCACCUGAGCAAGCUGACCGAUGUGGCCGGCUACAGCGGGGUACGCGUCAACAACAAGGAAGUGCGCGCCAAGGAGCGCUGCCUGGUGCCUUCUUCGGCGGCCGAAACGCUGGAGCGGGCCUACGCCAUGCUCGACCGGGAAGUAGAGUUCAACUUCCUCACCCGGAACGGGGAGUACUACGCAACGCAGUGGAAGUUCGGCAUCGGAUGGAGCGACCAGGCCACCGUGACGCUGAGUGUGAUGAAGCCUUUGGCGAAGAACCUCCAAGUGGGCCACACGACCUUCCUGGCAGGACUGCAGGCCGUCUUCGGAACGCCGACCUCAGCGGCCAUCGCCAGGAUAGCGCCCAGCUCACCGAGGACGCCGCAGAAGAACGCUCCCACGAGCGUCGCCUAAGUGGCAUCGUGCGCGAUGGAACUUGGCUGUUGCUGCUUCGCUUCGAAAUGCCGCGUACGGACGAUCACUCGCUCGCCUGUGCGGUGUGCGCUCACCGAAGAGGACGCUUUUCGCGGCGCGUAGAGACAGUGUGUACAAAGUCAAGCCGGUUUGUUAGUAUACCUCGAAGAAACCGUUGUUGGACGAGGGGUUUUUCGCGCGGAUAGAGAAAUAUGCCGCGUCCCGGGGCACGAUCUCAGCAGGAUGUUUGUCUCAGCCACCGAUGGUCUGUGGACGCGGAAGCCUUCCGAGAAGGCAUGCAUUGUCGAGAACGACAAAAACGACCACCUUUCUUUGUGUGUGUUGCCCUGUUGGCGACGGUUGUUGGCAGUCAAAUUUGUGAUGCAGGGUACGCGAAGUUGAACGAACAAGUGUGACUUUUUUUUUUGUUAUACAGGCCUUUUUUUUUACUUUUUCUACCGUUCCUUUUUGGAAAAGCAAGCUUUUGUAAAUUUGUUUUUUUUUUUUUGUAGGUCACGUUUACUGCCCCGGCCAAAUUACGCUGGCGUUCUCGCUUGAAGUUGUAGUCCGGACCUUCAGACUUUGCACAAAGUUUCAUAUACAUAGGCUUUAAGAAAUUUCGGCAGCUGUUUCAAUUCCGCUCGUAAGUUAUUCUGCUUGACACUGCCAGAGGCAGAAACUAGAUGCUCGAGGUUAGGACGAGACCAAGAAAGACUUGAAGAGAGUUUUUGUCUUCCUAGUCAUUACUUCCUUUGUGCAAAGCAUGAAGUUCCA